UUCUUGACAUGUAUGUUAAAAGAAAUCGAAACGAAAGGAUAUAAUAUUAGUAUUGUAAAGAUAGCGAAACUGUGAAAUAUUGUGAUUAGAUAACCUAUUUAUUAUUUUUUGUGAAAAAUAUAAUAAUGUUUGAAUUUGAUUGUUCAUCAGUUACCUUAUUUAACCCGAUUUUCUAAACCAGAGGUUUUUUCAAUGCGAUGCGGUUCCUGGGAGGAGAACAAGUUAAAGUAUGGCUAUUAUCAAUUUUGAUGGUUCACAGCGCAGUUGCCGGGAACCCAGACGCAAAAAGACUGUAUGAUGAUUUACUAAGUAACUACAAUAAACUUGUUCGACCUGUGGUAAAUACGACAGAUGUUCUUAAAGUAUGCAUAAAGUUAAAGUUGUCACAACUCAUAGACGUGAAUCUCAAAAACCAAAUAAUGACGACAAAUUUGUGGGUCGAACAAUCUUGGUACGACUACAAAUUAAGAUGGGAACCUAAAGAAUAUGGAGGAGUGCACAUGCUGCACGUCCCUUCGGAUCACAUCUGGCGUCCGGAUAUAGUUCUAUAUAAUAAUGCUGAUGGUCAUUAUGAAAUCACCCUUUUGACAAAAGCAACUGUCCAUAGUAGUGGGAUUGUUAUGUGGCAACCGCCUGUGGUCUAUAAAUCAUCUUGUUCAAUCGAUGUUGCACAUUUUCCAUAUGAUGUUCAGACAUGCAUACUAAAAAUAGGAAGUUGGACUUAUGAUGGUUUUAAGGUUGACCUGCGACAUAUGGAUGAACAGCAGGGUAAUAACAUUGUAGAUGUCGGAGUAGAUCUAUCUGAGUUCUAUAUGUCUGUGGAGUGGGAUAUUCUUGAAGUUCCAGCGGUCAGAAAUGAAAAAUUCUACACAUGCUGCGAUGAGCCAUAUUUGGAUAUCACGUUUAACAUAACCAUGAGGAGAAAAACAUUGUUUUACACCGUUAACAUAAUUAUCCCAUGUAUGGGAAUUUCAUUUCUAACGGUCUUGACUUUCUACUUACCUUCGGACAGCGGCGAAAAGGUCACCUUAUCUAUCUCUAUACUUAUCAGCUUGCAUGUGUUUUUUCUCCUAGUAGUUGAAAUUAUACCUCCUACUUCGCUAGUUGUACCACUUUUAGGAAAAUAUCUGAUAUUUGCAAUGAUAUUAGUGUCAAUUAGUAUUUGUGUAACUGUCGUCGUUCUGAAUGUACACUUUCGUUCUCCACAAACUCACCGAAUGGCUCCCUGGGUGAAAAGUGUCUUCGUCAACUUACUUCCACAGUUCUUAUUUAUAAAAAGACCAAAAUACAACAUUGAAACAAGUGGGAGCGGAACAUUUAGUGGAAGCUGCCAAAUUCAUGGAUGUAUUCCUCCUCUCUCGCAACAAGCUACUGAAAACUUAGUGUCCCCAACUCUUUAUAUGGAAAGUCCUAGUGAGUUAAAAGGCCAAACAGCAAGAAAUGAAUGCCUUCUACAUACAAACUCUCAACUGAAAGUCCAUCGGAGCUGUUUUUGUGUGCGAUUUAUAGCGGAACAUACAAAGCUGCUAGAAGACUCCACAAAGGUUAAAGAAGACUGGAAAUAUGUAGCUAUGGUAUUAGAUCGAUUGUUUUUAUGGAUUUUUACACUAGCCGUUUUAGCAGGGACUGCUGGUAUAAUACUUCAAGCGCCUACGUUAUAUGAUGAUCGGAUCCCUAUAAUUGAGAACAAAAAAAUAGAUUUUUCCGGGAUUUCAGCGGGACGAUGUCGUCCUUCUCAAUAGGCCGCAAUACGGAAAUAAUAAAAUUAUAGUAAAGGGUGAUUUUUUAAGAGCUUGAUAACUUUUUUUAAAAAAAAACGCAUAAAAUUUGCAAAAUCUCAUCGGUUCUUUAUUUGAAACGUUAGAUUGGUUCAUGACAUUUACUUUUUGAAGAUAAUUUCAUUUAAAUGUUGACCGCGGCUGCGUCUUAGGUGGUCCAUUCGGAAAGUCCAAUUUUGGGCAACUUUUUCGAGCAUUUCGGCCGGAAUAGCCCGAAUUUCUUCGGAAAUGUUGUCUUCCAAAGCUGGAAUAGUUGCUGGCUUAUUUCUGUAGACUUUAGACUUGACGUAGCCCCACAAAAAAUAGUCUAAAGGCGUUAAAUCGCAUGAUCUUGGUGGCCAACUUACGGGUCCAUUUCUUGAGAUGAAUUGUUGUCCGAAGUUUUCCCUCAAAAUGGCCAUAGAAUCGCGAGCUGUGUGGCAUGUAGCGCCAUCUUGUUGAAACCACAUGUCAACCAAGUUCAGUUCUUCCAUUUUUGGCAACAAAAAGUUUGUUAGCAUCGAACGAUAGCGAUCGCCAUUCACCGUAACGUUGCGUCCAACAGCAUCUUUGAAAAAAUACGGUCCAAUGAUUCCACCAGCGUACAAACCACACCAAACAGUGCAUUUUUCGGGAUGCAUGGGCAGUUCUUGAACGGCUUCUGGUUGCUCUUCACCCCAAAUGCGGCAAUUUUGCUUAUUUACGUAGCCAUUCAACCAGAAAUGAGCCUCAUCGCUGAACAAAACACGCGCGCGAAACACAUUUCGAACCGAACACUGAUUUUGGUAAUAAAAUUCAAUGAUUUGCAAGCGUUGCUCGUUAGUAAGUCUAUUCAUGAUGAAAUGUCAAAGCAUACUGAGCAUCUUUCUCUUUGACACCAUGUCUGAAAUCCCACGUGAUCUGUCAAAUACUAAUGCAUGAAAAUCCUAACCUCAAAAAAAUCACCCGUUAUAUAAUCAUAUUUGUGUACAAACAACCAUUAUCAUUUAGCUUUAAUUUUAAAAAAUAAUUCGUUAAAAGUUCUAUUAAUAAUUAAUAAGAAUUGUUGUAUACAUAAAAAAUUGUCAAAUCUAAAUAAACGGAAUUAUUUAAUUAA